CCGGGCGUUUGAUUUGGCUUCGAAGCGUUUUAUUGCGCGACCAUUGAACAGAAUGAUUGGAAAAGCGGGGCGUCGUGGACGGCUCAAGUGAUUUGUGUUUAUUGCGUAUCUAGUGUACCGAGUGGAAAGUUUUCCAUUACGAAUUUGUGUUAUCACGUGGCGAAAUCCUUCUUCAGCAUCUGUCGAGUUCAAUUGGAAUACGUUGUGUACCUUCAUAAAUACACUGCAAAUUUGUCGAUGUAAUGAAAUACUCAGACUGCCAUUGAAUCCGCGUCUGCCAUUGAAUCGAAUCCCGCGUCUUAAUGAUUUAUACAAGCUUGUGAAAUUGCGGACCAAUUACCAUACAUACAUAAUCAUGCAGGCGAAUAAACUGCCACCCAAUCCGCGCGAGUCGGCCGGUAUUUUAUCCUCGCUAAUGUUCUGCUAUGCCCUGCCCAUUCUGUUCAAGGGACGCCGGCAGACGCUCCAGCCCACGGAUCUGUACAAAACGCUGGACGAGCAUGGAGCGGAGAGCCUGGGCGAUGAGUUCUUCCGGGGAUGGGAGGACGAGGUGGCCCGGUGCCGGCGGAAGGGCGAUUCCCGCCGGGAGCCCAGUCUCCUCCGGGUCGUCGGACGCGUCUUUGGCUGGCAACUAAUCCUCUCCGGCAUUGCCAUUGGCGCCUUGGAACUGGGAACCAGGGCCACGGUGCCGCUUCUUCUGGCCGGGCUCAUAUCGGAGUUCAGUGCCCAUGGAAAUGGUAAUAGCUACUCCGCCCAGAUCUAUGCCGUACUCCUGAUUGCCUGCGUCUUGGCCAGUGUUCUGCUAACUCACCCCUACAUGAUGGGCAUGAUGCACUUGGCCAUGAAGAUGAGGGUGGCAGUGAGCAGUGCUAUCUAUCGAAAGGCUCUGCGCCUGAGCCGCACCUCGCUGGGGGAUACCACAAUCGGUCAGGUGGUGAACCUGCUCUCCAACGAUCUCAACCGCUUCGAUCGAUGCCUCAUUCAUUUCCAUUUCCUAUGGCUGGGUCCACUGGAGCUGCUAAUCGCCGCCUACUUCCUGUACCAGCAGAUCGGAGUGGCCUCCUUCUCCGGGAUCAGCAUCUUGAUCCUCUACCUGCCACUACAAACCUACUUGAGCCGAGUUACCUCCAAGCUACGCAUGCAGACAGCACUGCGGACGGACCAGCGGGUGCGAAUGAUGAACGAGAUCAUCUCGGGCAUCCAGGUGAUCAAGAUGUACACAUGGGAGCGUCCAUUCGGCAAACUGAUUGAGCAGAUGCGGCGCAGCGAAAUGAGCUCCAUACGCAAGAUGAAUCUGUUGCGCGGCGUCUUGCUUUCAUUUGAGAUUACCCUCGGACGCAUAGCCAUCUUUGUGAGUCUCCUGGGAUUCGUCCUGAUGGGCGGUGAAUUGACGGCGGAAAGAGCCUUUUGCGUCACCGCCUUCUACAACAUUCUGAGGCGCACGGUGAGCAAGUUCUUUCCCAGUGGAAUGUCCCAGUUUGCCGAGCUACUGGUUUCCAUGCGUCGUAUCACGAAUUUUAUGAAGCGCGAGGAGGCAAAUAUAAUUGAUGUGUCAGGAGGAACGGAAGAAAAACCCGCUGAGGAGCAACAUUUGCUGGGAGAGAAGCAGCAUAAUCCCAUGGGAAAUGGCAAGGUGUCCGAGGUCCAAGUGAACAUCAAAGGCUUGAGAGCACGCUGGAGCCAGGAACACCAUGAGCCCGUGCUGGACAACAUCAAUAUGUCGCUGCAAGGUGGCAAACUGGUUGCUGUGAUCGGACCUGUGGGCUCUGGCAAGUCGAGCCUCGUUCAGGCAAUCCUCGGAGAGUUGCCUCCCGAAUCCGGAUCCGUUGAAGUGCAGGGCAGGUUCUCGUAUGCCUCACAAGAACCGUGGCUUUUCAAUGCCUCUGUGCGCGACAACAUCCUGUUUGGCUUGCCCAUGGAUAAGCAACGCUACCGAACCGUCCUCAAGAAGUGCGCCCUGGAACGCGAUUUGGAGUUGCUGCAAGGGGAUGAAACCAUCGUGGGCGAGCGUGGAGCCUCCCUGUCCGGUGGCCAGAGAGCUAGGAUCAGUUUGGCUCGAGCUGUGUACCGCAAGGCGGAUGUCUACCUUCUGGACGAUCCCCUCAGCGCAGUGGACACCCAUGUGGGAAGACAUCUCUUCGACGAAUGCAUGCGCGGCUUCCUGGGUAAGAAGUUGGUAGUCCUAGUCACCCACCAGCUACAGUUCCUGGAGCAUGCCGAUCUCAUUGUAAUCAUGGACAAGGGAAAGGUCUCGGCCUGCGGCACAUACGAGGAAAUGCUGAAGAGUGGACAGGACUUUGCCCAGCUUUUGGCUGAGAGCACUCAAAAUGGCGGCGGAGAUGAUGUGGAUGAGAAGUCUCCGGCGUAUUCCCGCCAAAGCAGCUCUCAGAGCACGAUCAGCGCCGGAGGAAGCUCCUCCUCGCUAGAGUCCAUGGUGGAGAGGGAGAAACCAAAGACAAGUCCAACGCCGGUGCAGGAGACCCGAAGCGGUGGUAAAAUUGGCGUGGCCAUGUAUAAGAAGUACUUUGACGCAGGCUGUGGCCUUGUGGUGUUCGCCUUGCUGGUGCUCCUGUGCACUGGCACGCAGCUACUGGCUUCUGGCGGGGAUUACUUUCUAUCCUACUGGGUUAAGAACACAUCGACUUCGUCAUCGUUGGACAUUUAUUAUUUCACAGCCAUCAAUGUGGGCCUGGUUAUUUGCGCGCUGCUCAGGACCUUUCUAUUCUUCAACGUGACCAUGCACUCCUCCACGGAGCUGCACAACUCCAUGUUCCGUGGUGUGUCUCGCACGGCUUUGUACUUUUUCCACACGAAUCCCUCCGGCCGGAUCCUCAACCGUUUUGCCAUGGACCUGGGUCAGGUGGAUGAGGGGCUGCCCGCCAUAAUGCUGGAUUGCAUACAGGUCUUCCUUACCUUGACGGGCAUCAUCUGCGUGCUGUGCCUGACCAACCCGUUGUACCUGAUCAGCACCAUCGCCAUGGUACUGGCAUUCUACUAUUGGCGUGAGUUUUAUCUGAGUACGUCGAGGGACGUGAAACGCCUGGAGGCAGUGGCUCGCUCCCCGAUGUAUUCGCACUUUAGUGCCACUCUUAAUGGACUUCCAACCAUCCGGGCCAUGGGCGCCCAAAGGACACUGAUCAGAGAGUACGACAACUACCAGGAUCUGCACAGCUCUGGCUACUACACAUUUUUAUCUACCAGUCGAGCUUUCGGCUACUACUUGGACCUUUUCUGUGUGGCGUACGUGAUAUCGGUGAUACUGAACAGCUUUUUCAACCCCCCACAAAACAAUCCGGGCCAUAUAGGCCUGGCCAUUACCCAGGCACUGGGAAUGACGGGCAUGGUUCAAUGGGGAAUGCGCCAGUCGGCCGAACUGGAGAACUCUAUGACCUCGGUGGAGCGAGUGCUCGAGUACAAGGACCUGGAGGCUGAAGGAGAUUUCACCUCGCCGGCGGACAAGCAACCACCUAAGAGUUGGCCAGAAGAGGGUCAAUUGGUUACUAAGAAUCUGACCCUGAGAUACAUGCCAGAUCCCAAAGCGGAUUACGUGCUCAAGGGGCUGAACUUUACGAUCAAGUCCAGGGAGAAAGUGGGCAUCGUGGGACGUACUGGUGCGGGCAAAUCCUCACUGAUUAAUGCCCUAUUCCGACUCUCCUACAACGAAGGAGCAAUAUUCAUCGACAAACGGGACACAAGUGAGAUGGGCCUGCAUGAUUUGCGCAGCAAGAUUUCAAUCAUUCCGCAGGAACCAGUGCUCUUCUCCGGCACCAUGCGCUACAACUUGGAUCCCUUCGAGCAAUAUCCCGAUGAAAAGAUUUGGACGGCUUUGGAGGAGGUCCACCUCAAGGAGGAAAUUUCAGAUCUGCCCACGGGUCUGCAGAGCAGCAUUUCCGAGGGUGGAACCAACUUCAGCGUGGGUCAGCGCCAGUUGGUCUGCUUGGCAAGGGCCAUUCUUCGCGAGAACAGAAUCCUUGUGAUGGACGAGGCCACGGCCAAUGUGGAUCCCCAGACGGACGCCCUGAUUCAGGCCACCAUUCGGAACAAGUUCAGGGACUGCACAGUGCUGACCAUUGCUCAUCGUUUAAACACCAUCAUGGACUCGGACAAGGUGCUAGUGUUGGAUGCAGGUCAAGUAGUCGAAUUUGGGUCUCCCUAUGAGCUCCUAACAGAGUCAGAGAGCAAAGUGUUCCAUGGAAUGGUUAUGCAGACGGGAAAGGCCAGCUUCGAUCAUCUCCUGAAGGUUGCUCAGAAUGCCAAGGAAAACCAUAUUUGAAGCCGAAAGCUCACAAUCUAGAGUGUAAGACUACAUAUAAAAUAUAGGGCUCAAUUGUAAAUUGACAUAAAAAGUUCUUAAGGCAAUAUUAACUGCCUAAAAAAAUUAAUUUGUACUUAAACAUUCAAAAAAUGACAAUAUAUUAA